AGACAUUUAGCAGGCUCAAACCCUUGGAUCGAGAACAGGUCUCUUUCUGCCCAUGCCCAGAAAGCCCCGGGAUUCUUUGAACACCCUGGCCCAGCUUUGGGAUAGUGCCAAGGAUCUACGUGAAGUGGUCCGAAGUGAAAAGAAACUCUUGUUAUGUGAUGGCCCGGUUUUUCACGCCACUGUCAAGUCUUGCUCUCAAAACUGGGAACCCAUCUACGCAGCACUUCAUCUGACAAAAGAGACACUUACUUUGCCAGAGGUCACCCCUUUGAUGGCUCAGAUUGCCAACUUCUACCGUAUGAAUGGUUUGCAGCCUGCUGAUGACCAAGUCUACCGGGAGGCUUGGGGAUUAAAGGCCGCCUGUGGGCUGGUGAAGAGGAAAGGUCGAAGACAUGAACUAUCAAAGGACCCGAAUUUCCACAAGCUCUUAUUGGUGUACUUUCCUGAGCUGGAGGGGACAAUCUCCAACCUGGAUCUUAGUGAGCCGGCUGAAGCGGAGGAAAAGGAGGAGGAGCCUCACGACGAGGACCUGGCCUUGGACCACGAAGAGGACACAGGAGAUAGCGUGGACUCUGGACACGGUGCAGAGUUGGAAAACCUUCACCAGGAGAUUGCUGAACUCGAGGAUCGGGUAAAUGCAGUUGAAUCAGAAGAGAUUGCAGAUGCCUGCCACCCAGGGAUUGAAAAUCAGCUGGGCCUAGAUUCCGAAACAUCUUCCGCCGUGCCUGCCAGUGCUUCAGGGUCUGUGAAGCCUCUGGAGGAACAUCAUCCUGAAGUUCCAAGUGGCGCUGUGGAAGGCUGCACUUUGCGCAAGGCUACGCCUCUCAAUUCCUCGCUACAAAUCGAGGAGAUUGAGUCUGAUGAUGAUAUUGGCCCAGGAGGUCCGGAGCUCAACGACGCAGACACUGAGAUUGCCUGGAUCAAAGCAGAACUCCAGAGGCGAGCUCAGAACCUGCCCUCGAGCCACGCUGCUUUGGGAGGCAUGAUGGUCGUCGAUGAUUCUUUGCCUUUCCUUGGGAACAUUGACGCCGUGGAGACACAGCCACUUGCGGUGGAGCCUGCGCCGUCCCCCCCAAAGCAACUGCGGAUGGAGGUUGGAGUGGGCGCCGACCAGGCUGACGCCAGUGCUGAAGCCAAAACGCUUCCCAAGGCUACCAAUGAGCCUGCCUUGAAAGGGUCAGCUUCCGGUUUGGGCGGUCCAAGCAAGCCUUUAGAUGAACCCACCACAGUUGCAUGACACGGACAAAAGAUUUUUUUGGUAUCGCUUUGUGGAUCUGAACUUAAGUCCCGCCUUGUUCAUGAUUUCUGCACAUCACCCAUGACCCUUCCUUCCCAGUUCAGCUAUCUAAGGUUCUCAGCCGCCGAGACCAAUUGAAGACGCGCGCUACUGCCCAAACCAAAAACAAGAAAAACAAAACAGCUGAUGAUGCUGACCCAACUGCUGGGCCAGAUCGUUCCAAGAAGCAAAAGCGUAAGAGACACGCAACUUCCAAGAAACCCCGUGGACAGAGCACCAAGAAGCCCCGUGGCCGAAGCACCAAGAAGGCUCGUGGCCGGAGCACCAAGCGUGCAGCCUCAAACUCUUCAAAACCUUCCGGGAAGGUGAGAGAGAGUGAAGUGGAGGUUCGUGAGAGUAAAGAGCAAGUUGCCGGUUCCAACGAGGGAACCAGUCGCAAACGCCAGAACAAAAGCAGUAAGCAGAGGGAGACAAAGAGUGGCAGAAACAAGACACCCAAGACAAAAGCAGCAGCAAAGGCUAAGGCUAAGGCAACAGCCAAGGAGAAACCGAAAGCCAGCAAACCCACUGGGCGGGGACGGAGCAAGAAAGACCAAAGUGAUCAGGUAGAAAACAAUUCGAGCAAACGUGCUCGGAAGUCUUCGAAGAAGUCAGGGAGUGAAGCCGCACCUCCCACCAGUACUGCCACCGCUCCUCCCACCCCGGCUCCUCGAGAACCAGCAGCUGAGGUACUCGAGAAUGAUUUGCCUCAUGAUGCCAAGAGCAAGCGGGGACCCAGGGGUAGGAAGGUUGCAACUCCCCAACAGCGACCUCCUCAACCCACUGUUGAAAGUGGAGUGAUUCCGGAACUUCUCAGAUCUUUCAAAAAUGAGCUUUCUCACCACUGGAAGAUGGGCAAGACCAAUUUGAAGAGGGAAGACUUCCCCCCAAGAUCUUAUGAGAGAUCGGGAAUCAAUGGGUACUAUACACGGGCACGGCCAGCAGUUGGGUUGAGGGUCAAGGGCGCAACUUGGCGGACAAACAGGGAGUUUGCCAACUUUUCCUUCUCAUUGAAAGACACAUGCAACAUUGGUUUGGCAAUGGCCUGCGCUGUCGCCACAGCU